CACAGGGAGCGCACGGGAGCACAGUGUGCCCGGGAAAACAGCGCGGCUGGGCUCCGACCCGCGGCCGGGGGCGCCUCAGGAGUGCGGUACGCACAGAUUUACAGAGAUUCGGAGGGUUGGAAUAAAAAGCAUCAGUUUCUGUAAUGCAGCAAUCAUCACAAACCUUACCUUGCUGUGUGCCAACAUUACAAUAUUCUAUAAAGCUUUGUUGGAUUUCUGUGCUUCUUACCAUUUAGUUUGCACCAAGCCAACAGUUUGGGUCCUGCACUAUCUCAACACUUGUGGAGCAAGCUGUGAAAGUAAAAUUAUGGGUGUGCAUGCCACAAGAGCUGAUGGGACUGAUGCAAUUAAUAAGGUGCUAGGAAUGAAAAUUCCUAGUAAAAGCAUGUACAAAAGAGAAGCUGGAAAUAGCAUCCAAUACAUCUGGAGCUAUUACUCAGGAGCUGAGCUGAAAAAGAUGAGGGAUGCUCUCGAUGCCUGGGAAGGGAGAGGUGUCAGCUACUGGAGAGUGCCUCAGGAGCUGCCUGAAUGUUGGACUCUGGAAGAACGCCCUCUGAGAGGCAGUUUGCAUCAUAUGUCUCUAGUUUAUAAAAGAUGAUUAAUUGGCUGUACUGAAGUAGAAGGCUGUUUACCAUGUAAAGUGGGUUUCCAGCCAAUUAGAUUCUCAGGUCCCUCAACAAGUACCGACCUAAAAGUCAAGAAUUCAUCUUCAUUAAAGGUAGCUGCUUGCAAUGCUUCCCAUUCUGCAGGAAUUCUUAAACGACUCCAUAGUGAAGGUCUGAUGCUGCACAAAGAAGCUUCUCAAACCACAUCCACAACAUACAGCAAGUCCCAGGCUCCCUGAGGAAGGCAGAGUGCUGGCAGUGGGCCACUGAGCCAAAUGCCAUUCCAAGCUGCAGGGAGCAAGAAGCCUGUGAACAACUGGGCAGUGAAGGUGAAAAGGACUCUGUUUUUUCUUGUGACACCAUCUCAGCCACCACCUUCUGCAUCCAGUAAAACAAGUGAACAGGACAGUGUUGCUGUUCAAAUUCCUACAGUACUAAACAAGAAAGAACCAGCUGUAUUAGCAGAAAGUAUUACACUUGAGAAUGAUAGAGUGCAUGGGUAAUGUUUGAUGCAGUCUGAUAGACUGAACAGGUCUACAUUAUAUGGUUGAAGAGGAGGUGAUUAUCUCCUGUGAUCCUUUAUUCAAGAUUAGGUAGAAAAUUGUGAUGAAAAAGAUAAUGAAAAGCGCAGAAAGAAAUUGUUUUAAGAGAGCAUUGAAAUAUGAGUUUUCUGCUUUAUUUCUGGUUAUUUUUUAGAUGUUGGGAAGGGAGGAAGAAAAAUGGAUUAAAAAAAUCGCUCAAGCAUAUGCAGCUUAACAUUCCAGUAACUCCCAUUUGUAUUUCUGUUGUGCUGUACUGUAAAGUGAGUACUUGCACAGUAUAAAAGAAAACCUCUUUAUCAACUUCAACUACAGUGAGUCUCAAUUUGUACCUUUAAAGGGGGAAGGAGGAAGAACAGAUAAAAGUAAGUAGCUUUUAUUAGACAGAAGUUUGCCACAAAUGUACAACAUGCGUGCUGCAGAGACACCAGAAGCUGAAUGCACUUACUGGCACUUCUGGUGAGGGUAAAUCACCAUUUUUGCUCUUACUAGCAAUGCAAGGGAUCACCUGUGCUUGUACACUGAGAGAAAAUUGAGAAAUACAGGAAGGGAAGAAGUGUGCUGUGUGAGUAAAAAGGCUGCUCUCUCUGGAGAGACACACAUUUACAGACACAUGCAGUACCGUGGUGUGGUCUGCCACCUGGGCGAGGCUGGUGCAGCUGUGGCGUUUUGUAUCACACUGCCAGAGGAUGGCUUUUCUGGGGCUGCAGAAUCUGAGUUACACCUGGCCUUCCAUGUCCUUCUGCAGGUCCUUUCAAAUCAGGAGGGCACAACCUCAGCUUGUGUGCAGCAAAGCACAGAAGUUGAGGUUGAAGUGCCGUGGCUUAAAGAAAAAGCCUCCCUCUUUCCCCCUCCCCAUGCAGGCUGGAGGAGACAUUCUUGUAGCUGGGCAAAUGUUGAGUAAUGAUACUGAAACAAAGAGCUGCUGUAUGUUUCUAUCAGCAGAGGAAAGGCAAGUUUGGAUCGUUGAUUUUCAAGAGCUCUUUUAGCUGUCUAAAUCAGUGAACAAAACCUGGCUUUGUUUUGUCCCCUUACUUAGAGUUGGGUGCCGGGUUUUUUUGCUGUUUUUAUGACUACUUUUGCUUCUCCAGCACAGCAAAUACAGCUGUCUUUGAGAACAUUGCCAAAAAUCAAGUUCUUAAAAUUCCUGAGACUAUUAGAAUUACAGAAGUGUACUUUAAAUGUUUUAUUUGCUAAGUCAUUUAAAGCCAUCACAUUUUCAGGUUUUGCUCCCAACCAUAAGGACCUGAAACAUAAUUUGCACAAGUAAAAAGCCCCAAUUUUUUUCUGUGUUAACGUGUUUUUAAUGAGACAUUUUGCCAUGAACAGCAGUGACUAUAAAGGUGUAGAGCACUAUAAUUUUCUGCUAUUGGUGUGUAUAUGGAAGACCAGCUGACCUUUAGAUUAUUUAAGGUAGUGUUUUUUCUUUAAAAAUAAGUAUGAAGAUCAAUAAUCUGAAGGCUCUUCCUAUCUCAACAAAAAAAGCUUCACUGAACAAAGGACAAAGCAGAAAUUAUAGAAGGAUACUAACAUAAUGUACUCUAGUAUUCUUUGAACAUGCCAUUCAUUGAGACUAUGUUUGUAAAUUUGGUUUUCAUAAUAAUCUGAAAAGAAAUUUUUAAUACUUC